ACGGUCCGAUAUGCAUACAUCUGAUUCGUUGCCCACAAAAAAGAAGCCACGGAAUUGAAAGGUCUUUUCUGAAUUCCAAGGUGUUUACCACUUUACCUCAAUGGCCAUUUGACCAGGUCGCAAUUGCCCCGCACGCUGCAGCACGCAAGUAUGGAAAGACGACGACGUCAACGCCGCCCAAGUCCAAGUCUAAGGUCUUCCUCCCGCUUCCCACUUCCAAGUUUUAACCCUCUCUCUCUCUUUACGUCUCUGCAUAAUCACGCAGAUACUCCCCACCCAUCCACAAUUACAGAUACAUAGAUAUUGGAACAAAUUCACAAACCCAGAUAAGAAACAUUGAACAGAAGUAAAAUGACCCACCUUGGAAUCCAACCCAGAUUCCUCUUGCUUUUCCUCCUCCACAUCAGUUUGCUAUUUGCAGCAGAAGAAGCGGCGGCGGCAGGUACAAUCUCACCUGGGUCAACUCUUUACGCCUCCAACACAAACGAGAUAUGGUCCUCCCCAAGCUCCGCCUUUUCCCUCGGCUUCCUUCCACUUGGCCCCUCCUUCAUCGCCGCCAUCUUCUACUCCGGCGGUGUCCCCAUCUGGACCGCUGGCUCCACCCCCGUCGACUCUGGAGCUUCCUUCCAGUUCCUCCCCACCGGCACCCUCCGUCUCCUCAACGGCUCCAACCAUAUCGUCUGGGACUCCGCCACCACCGGCCGUAACGUCUCCUCCGCCUCCCUCGACGACUCCGGUAAGCUUGCCCUCUUUCGAACCGGAACUGUUUCGGUCUGGUCCUCCUUUGAGCACCCAACUGAUACGAUCGUGCCGUCCCAGAACUUCACUACCGCUAUGUCUCUGCGCUCUGGGUCUUACACCCUUCGUCUUCUUUCUUCUGGCAAUCUCACACUAAGUUGGAAUGGGAGCAUCAAAUAUUACAAUCAAGGUUUGAAUUCCUCUUAUAAUGCUAACAUAACUUCUCCGAGUUUAGGAAUACAGAGCAUCGGGAUUGUAUCGAUUUACGAUCCUCGUUUGCCUGAUGGGGCUAUCUUUGCUUAUAGCAAUGAUUAUGCUGAAAAUAGAGAUACGCUGAGGUUCCUGAGGUUGGAUGAUGAUGGGAAUUUAAGGAUUUAUAGCUCUGAUAGAGGGAGUGGGACUCGAGUUGUGAGAUGGGCAGCUGUUGAGGACCAAUGUCAGGUUUUUGGCUUCUGCGGAAAUAUGGGAAUUUGUAGUUAUAAUGAUACGAACCCGAUUUGCGAGUGCCCGUCUCAGAACUUCGAGCCGGUUGAUCCAAAGGAUAGUAGGCAAGGUUGUAAGAGGAAGGUGGAGACAGCGGAUUGUCCGGGGAAUGCGACCAUGUUGGAUAUGGAACACACGGUGUUCUUAACAUACCCACCGGAGACAGAGUCGCAGAUUUUCUUUGUGGGUAUAGCGGCCUGUAGAUCAAAUUGUCUUGUGAAUCCGAGUUGCGAUGCUUCCACUUCUUUGUCGGAUGGGACAGGGCUGUGUUAUUACAAGACGCCGGUUUUUAUUAGCGGCUAUCAGAGUCCUGCAGUGCCUAGCACUUCGUAUGUCAAGGUUUGCUCACCAGUGGAUCCCAACCCAUCGCCUUCUGCACAGGUUGUUGGGGAGAGCAGCGGCUGGAGGAUGCAUCCAUGGGUUGUGGCUACUGUGGUUAUAGGCACCAUUUUCGGUUUGAUUGCCUUGGAGGGUAGUUUGUGGUGGUGGUGUUGUAGAAAUAGCCCCAAGUUUGGAGGAUUUUCAGCUCAGUACGCUCUUCUUGAGUAUGCUUCUGGUGCCCCAGUUCAGUUCACGUUCAAGGAGCUCCAACGCUCAACCAAAGGAUUCAAGGAGAAGCUUGGAGCUGGAGGAUUUGGGGCUGUGUACAGAGGGAUUCUUGCUAAUAGAACGGUUGUUGCAGUCAAGCAACUUGAGGGUAUUGAGCAGGGAGAGAAACAGUUUAGAAUGGAGGUUGCAACUAUAAGUAGCACCCAUCAUUUGAAUUUGGUGAGGUUGAUUGGUUUUUGCUCUGAAGGGCGUCACAGACUUCUAGUAUACGAGUUCAUGAAAAAUGGGUCUCUUGAUAGUUUCCUUUUCAUGUCGGAAGAUCAGUCGGUAAAGUUGUUGAAUUGGGAGUCCCGGUUCAACAUUGCCCUUGGAACUGCAAAGGGAAUCACAUACCUUCAUGAGGAGUGUCGAGACUGCAUUGUCCACUGUGAUAUAAAACCGGAAAAUAUUCUCAUGGAUGAGAACUAUACUGCCAAAGUCUCAGAUUUUGGUCUUGCCAAACUGGUUAAUCCAAAGGACCACAGGUACCGAACCUUGACAAGCAUCAGAGGUACAAGAGGAUAUUUGGCACCAGAAUGGCUGGCAAAUCUUCCGAUAACCUCAAAAUCUGAUAUUUAUAGUUAUGGUAUGGUUCUCUUGGAGAUAGUGAGUGGGAGACGGAAUUUUGAAGUAUCUGCAGAAACCAAUCGGAAAAAGUUCUCUGUGUGGGCAUAUGAAGAGUUUGAGAAAGGUAACGUUAAUGGAAUUCUUGACGGAAGGCUGGCAGACCAAGAGAUCGAUAUGACGCAAGUGGUGAGGGCAAUUAAAGUAAGUUUUUGGUGCAUCCAGGAGCAACCGUCACAGAGACCAAUGAUGGGGAAAGUGGUACAGAUGUUAGAAGGGAUUACAGAGAUUGAGAGGCCACGCCCUAACUCCAUGACUGAAGGGCCUGUUAAUGUAACAAGCAUAAAUGUCAGCAGCAACACUAGCGCUUUCUCCACCACUGCUGGUUCAGCCCUUGCUCCCUCUUCCUCUUCAUCAUUCCAAAAUACAGGAGUUUCACUUUAUGCUCCUGGGAGGAAUGUGGAGAGGGCCUCGUCAAGCCUUUUACGAUCAAACUCAGACUGAAGCUUGCAAAAUUAUAUAUUGCCACACAAACUGCUUUUGGGCUGUGGAUUUAUUGUGCCGGAUUUGACAAAGAAAAUCUUGAUAGAGGUAGGGUUUUGUGGUCAAAAUACCAUCCAUGAUAUCGAUAUCUGGUGUUGUAGAAAUUGUUAUUAUCUCCAAGUAUAGAAUUUUAGGAUUGUCUUUCAUCAACAAAAUUUUUAUAUACUGAUCAAAAAACCAAAAAAUUGGGAUAGUCUGUGUAAUUAAUGAGCAGAGCCAUUGUACGUCAA